AACUUCAAUAGACAUAUUGAAGCGAGUUUACCAGACCGCAUUGGCGCAGCGCGGGGGGUACGAUAACGAGGUGAAGGAGACUAGAGACCUGCUCGAUGCUCUCAUAAAGAUCAAACAGGAUUGCGCCAAAGAUAAUGAAGAUAUGCCAGAAGAGAAAUUGAUAGCACAUGCCGCAGUGUUUGUGCAGGGGGGAUUUGAUACCACGGCCAGCAUUCUUAGUUGGUGCGUCUACGAACUUGCAUUCCAUCCCGAAAUACAGGAAAAUAUGUACAACGAACUUCUCGAGUUACAAAAAUAUGAGGAAAAGUUGAAAGAUAUUGAUGCGGGAAGCUUGUCUAACUUGACUUACAUGAACGCUGUUAUAGACGAAACUUUGAGAAAAUACGUGCCCAUGGGUUGGAUAGACCGCGUGGCGGCGCAGGACUACCAGAUAGACGCGCGGCUGCGGCUGGCGGCCGGCACGCCCGUGUACGUGAACGCGGUCGGCAUCCAGAGCGACCCCGACAUCUUCCCGGAGCCCGACAAGUUCCGGCCGGAGCGCUUCCUCGACACUGACGUCAACAGAGGGGCUAUGCCGGUCUGGACCUUCGGCGAAGGGCCUAGGAGUUGUAUUG